CACGAGCUUGCAGUUCGAGUAGCUCCAGCACGGUCAUCUCCUUUUCCGCUGUAGUAAACAAUGUUCGAAAACCAUCAAUACUUCGUCGUCUGCGUUUGGAGUGUGUUUGCAUUUAAAUUAAACUUACAUUUUGGUUCACCAUUCCUUUCAUCGGUCGGUUUGCUGGUAUCAGCUACAAUAGAAGAAGAAUUUUGUAUUACAAUAUGGAAAAUUUUAUCGGAACGAAUGCUUUUCUUUGGCAAAAGCUGGCAGUGAAAGUGCAAAGAGAUACUACACCGGAAGAGCUUCAGCGCGCUCUGCAAAUGGGCGUUACCUUUUUCCAUAUUGAGUGCGGUUCUUACACAUCUCAGGAAAGCAUCAUUAUGUUUGACCGUUGUAACGAAACUAUCAAAAAUUAUGCCGAACAAUGUCAACCGUUCACAGUGGCCAAUGGUAUUAUCUGUGAGCUGAGCGGUCCUUAUCCACGUGUGCAGUUUACCUCCAGCGGAAGGUCACAAGUUCAAGUAAUCGAACAUCAACGGAUAACGCUUACGGCCGAUGUAAGAUAUCAAAAUCAAUGUUUUGAUGAAGUUAAGUAUGUAACAAAUUUCGAUCAACUGAAACGAUCCAGUGUAGGGGAUGUCCUUUCGAUUGGCACAGUGAAGCUAAUGGUGGAAAGAAUUGUGUCCGAUUUUGUUACGUGCAGGGUAACGCAAGCCGGAUUUAUUAAACCUUUCAGUGUUAUCUCAAAUGGCUCCAAAGACGAGCAAGCGAUAUUGGACGUAUCAUCAACCGUCGAGGAGCUGGAACGUCUUGCAGAUAAAGGAUGUACAUUUAUAAUAGUACCAAAAAUAGAUUCUAAAUCAUUGGAUACUUUUUUGGAAUCGAUUAGGUGCAAGGAACAAAUUGCACGUAACAUUCAAAUUAUUGUGCAGGCUGAUGGUUUUCCGCUGUCUAACCAGAUUAAUGGUUUAGAUCGAUGCAUCGAUGCAUUCGUCUCGAAAGAUAUCGUUGCAUUGAAACAACUGAAGGCCGUAGGUAAAGCGGUUCUGUACGAUAUGGAUACCGAAGAAAUGAUGACGGAAUCAAUUGAAGAAGCAGAUGUAAUCAUAGCAAACGUAAAUGAUCUUACAAAAGUCAACGAACACUUGAAACAUAUCAAUCGAAUGCAGCUUGAGCUUCAUCAACAGUCAAACAGAACGCUUGACCCAGACGAUAAACCAAUGGCUACGUGUUUAAAUUUUUCAGCACAUGAAACAAAUGCCAGCGCAAUCAUUUUGCCUUUGGGAAAAGGUAAUUCUAAAUUGGCCACAGAGGUGUCUUUGACGAACCCACUUUGCAUCGUGCUACUACUCAAAACAUCCACUGAAGAAGUUCACCGCAUAUUGCUACGAAAGUAUUUGAUGCCAGUUAUCGUACCGCCAACGAAAACCAACGUAUCACAACAACAGCUUAUUCGGUGUGCUAUUGCCUACGGAAGACGUUUCGGCUAUCUGCAUGGUGGCAAUUGUAUCGUAACAGGGUUUACACUCGAUUCCGACACGGAUGUACUCGGGUUGGAUAUGCGUUAUGUACCGCUGGAAGCACACCGACCCGAACCAUAACAUUGGCGCUUACCUUUUUUACUCCGCUUAGACACACGCUUUGAAUCAACAUCUGAAUCGGAAGAUAUUUCGUCCAAAGAAAUGUGCUCUACAAAGAGAAGUGUAUAAUAAUAAAUU